CAAUGUAUAGAUUGUACCGCGUUUCUAAAUGGAAAAUAUAUUGUGAUACAAACAGAUAUUGAUUUCAUAUACAUUUAUACCGUUUAGUUCGAAAUUUUAUGGGAAAAAUGCAGUAAAUGAAAUCCAAUCAAUAUGUGUUAUUUUUAUUCGAUCGUGGGGCAAAGGUAGUUUAAAAUAAACGAGCAACACUCUAGUAACGUCUGGGCGAUUCUGUAUCUUUUUUAACAUGGUGUGGAAGCAAUGUCAGCGUCAGUAUUACUUUGGAGACUUUUAAAGGAAGAACCGGCAAUCAAAAUUUUUAGGCAUAUAUUCGUAAUACUUCGAAGAAAUUUAUUUUAUACUUUUUAGUAUAAGUUGCAUUGCUGCAUACGCUUAAAAUACGUUCCAAGAUGACAAAAAUAACAAAUUCAAAUGCAUAUGAAUGGAAAGAUAAGGGCAAUGUGGAAUUUAAUAAAGGGAAUUGGUCAGAAGCUUUAAGCUGUUAUACAAAUGCACUGAAACUUACAAAUGAAGAUAAUUCUGAAAAAGCUAUAUAUUAUAAAAAUCGUGCUGCUACAUAUUUAAAACAAAAGGAAUAUGACAAAGCAAUUAAAGAUUGUGAUGAAGCUCUUAAAAUAUGUCCAAAUGAUCCAAAAGCAUUAUUUCGCAGAUGUCAAGCAUUAGAAGCAUUAGAAAGAUUUGAAGAAGCAUAUCGUGAUGCAAGACAUAUUAUUUCUACAGAUCCUAAUAAUAAAGCAAUUCAGUCUACUGCUGCAAGACUACAUGAAAUUGUACAGGAAAAAUAUAGACAAAAUUCUUGUGUUAGUUCCAAGGUAGCGCAAAUGAUGGAUAUAGCUUUUGAAAUGAAAGAAGAUAAUGAAAAACGAGAAACAGCAAUGAAUAAUCUACUUGUUCUUGCUCGGGAAAGAGCAGGGGCAGAAAUAAUGUUUAAUGAUGAAAUUGUUUCUAAAAUAAUUAAAAUGCUCAAGCUUGAGAAACAUGAGGAAAUAAUAAUAAUUGCUAUUCGAAUUAUUGCAGAACUAUGUAAAGAUAAUAUUCAAAGAACUGAAAAUAUUUUAAAGCAUAUUGGUAUACCCUGGUGUUUAGAAAUAAUUAAUAGUAAACUUAUAGAAAGAGUAAAUGCUGCUCAAUAUUGCUUACAGACUUUACUGAACACGUAUAGCGGAAUGAAUAACAAACCAGAUUCAAAACCAAAUAAAGAAUUGUGCGAUAAAUACAAGAAAGAGAUAGAUACUAUCUUAUCUUGUUUAUUGUAUAGUGUAACAAGCAGAACAAUUUCUGGAUUAGCUAGAGAUGCAAUUAUAGAACUUAUUAUGCGUAACAUUCACUAUACUGCAUUAAACUGGGCUGAGCAAUUAGUUGAAUUUCGUGGUUUACAACGUUUAAUGGAAGUAGCAAGUGAACUUGAAGAAUAUAAGUAUGAAUCUUCUAUGAAUAUUACAUCAUCUACUAGGACUGUAACAAGUGUAUGUUUGGCAAGAAUUUAUGAAAAUAUGUAUUAUGAUGCAGCAAAAGAAAAAUUUAGGAAUGCUAUUGAUGAAUAUAUUAAAAAUAAAUUACUUACACCAGAUAUGGAAUCCAAGAUUCGUGUUGUAGUUGCAAUAACAACUUUAUUGCUUGGUCCAUUGGAUGUUGGAAAUACAAUAAUUGCUAAAGAAGGUAUUUUAGAAAUGAUACUUGUUAUGGCAGGCACAGAUGAUGUAUUGCAACAAAAGGUUGCUUGUGAAUGUAUUGUUGCUGCUGCGUCUAAAAAAGAUAAAGCUACUGCAAUUAUUAAUCAAGGCAUAAAUAUAUUAAAAAAAUUGUAUCAAUCUAAAGAUGAUUCCAUUAAAGUACGUGCUUUAGUAGGAUUAUGUAAAUUAGGUAGUUCAGGUGGUACAGAUGCUACAGUAAGACCAUUUGCUGAUGGGGCAACGAAAAGAUUAGCUGAAGCUUGUAGAAAAUUUUUAAUUAAUCCCAAAAAACAAAAGGAUAUGAGAAAAUGGGCCGUAGAAGGAUUAUCGUAUCUCACUUUUGAUGCUGAAGUUAAAGAAAAACUAAUUGAAGAUGUUGAAGCAGUUCAAGCAAUGAUAGAACUUGCCAAAACUGAAGAUCAGUCUGUAAUUUAUGGAGUUGUUACUACAUUAGUGAAUUUAUGUAAUGCUUAUGAUAAACAAGAACUUAUACCAGAAAUGAUUGAAUUAGCAAAAUUUGCAAAACAUCAUAUACCACAAGAACAUGAAUUUGAUGAUGUAGACUUUGUAAAUAAAAGAAUAAUAGCAUUAGUUAAAGCUGGUGUAACAAAUGCAUUAGUUGCACUUUCUAAAACAGAAAGCCAAAAUAGCAAAGAACUAAUAGCACGUGUAUUUAAUGCAGUUUGUAGUCAACCAGAUGUAAGAGGAAUUGUUGUUCAACAAGGUGGAGCAAAAGCACUUUUGCCAUUAGCUUUAGAUGGAACAUGUAAGGGAAAAAAACAAGCUUCACAAGCUCUUGCACGAUUAGGGAUUACAAUAAAUCCAGAAGUUGCAUUUCCUGGACAGAGAAUAAUGGAAGUAGUUCGACCAUUUAUAAAUCUUUUAAAUCCAGAAUGUUCUGCACUUGAAAAUUUUGAAGCUCUAAUGGCCUUAUGCAACUUAGCUGGUGUUAAUGAUAGUGUUAGAAAACGAAUUUUAAAAGAAGGAGGUUUUCAAAAAAUUGAAGUAUAUAUGUAUGAAGAUCAUGAAAUGUUGAAACGUGCAUCUACACAGGUUAUGAAUAAUUUAAUGAUGUGUGAAGAUACUAUUAAAUAUUAUGAACAAGAAAAUGAUAGAGUUAAGUAUUUAGUCAUUCUUUGCGAAGAUGAAGAUUUAGAUACAAGCAUGGCUGCAGCAGGAGCCUUAGCAAUGUUAACAUCAGUUAGUAUAAAGUCUUGCAUUAAGAUAUUUGAUUCAAAAGAUUGGUUAGAAUCAUUACGUUAUUUACUUGCUAAUCCAAAUUCUGAUUUACAACAUAGAGGAAUUGUAAUUGUUUUAAAUAUGAUAAAAAGUACAAAAGAUGUUGCAGCCAGGGUCAUUGAGACUGAUGUAAUGGAAAUUUUAAUGGCUCUAACAAAAAGUGAUGCAGUGCAAAAUAAAAAAUUGAAAGAAUUAGCAGAUAAAGCAUUAGAAGCUGCAGCAGAAUGGCAACUUAUUAAAAAAAAUGAAAAUGAACAACAAUCAUCACAAAGUACAAAUAAUCUGGAAAAUGUUGAAUAAAUAUGUGUAAUAUGUACUUCAUUUAAUUCUUCCUAUAAUAUAUAUAGAACAUUUGACAAUGAAUAUUUAUCACAAUAUCACAA